UCAAACAGAAUCAUCCUCUCAGUGACGACAUUGAACGCCUCGUCAGAACAAACCCAGAAGUUUACAAGGAGAAUUAAGAUGGCGCAGCAGUUCGUGAAUGCUCAGAUUAAAGGGGACAAAGUGGUGGUCUUUCUGAAGCCGUCAUGUCCCUACUGUGUCAUGGCUCAGGAGGUAUUCUCCAAAUACCAGUUCAAGCCUGGCCAUUUGGAGUGUAUUAACAUCAGUGGACGCAGCGACAUGGACAGCCUCCAGGACUAUUUCCUGGAAACCACCGGAGCCCGAUCGGUCCCACGGGUGUUCAUUGGUGAGAAGUGUGUGGGAGGAGGAAGUGACGUGCAAGACCUGGACAAGAGUGGCAAGCUGAAGGGAAUGCUGGAGUCUAUCGGGGCCCUUCAGUGAUCUGCUUCCAGGGUGGGAGCCUCCAGAUGUGGUCACAUGACCAAGCAGCGGGACUUGCGCAGUUUGCGCCGCCGCUGCUGAUACUCGCUGAGCUCCUGCAGGUAUCCUCUGGACGGCCAGCGGAGCCUCUCCACCUGCUCACGCUCCUCCUCUGAAAAUGAUUUUUAAAAAAAAGAAAAAAAAAGACGGCAUGAAGAGCAUGAAUCUGUUACAGCUGCAAGCAUCAAUAAUGUGACUGCAGGCCCAGGAAGAAGAACAAUAUGGAAAUGUUUACAUUGCUCCUACACACAUUAACUGUAAUAUGUUCUUAGUGGAAGCCGAAGAGCAUGAAAUAUCUAAAAAUUUGUCCCCAGCUUAAGUGUGCCCUUACGUAUCCGUCCAGUAGCAUAUUGAGUCCUGUGCGAUUGAUGAACACAAUAAAACACUUUCUGCUUCGCA